GCAGCUCAAACGUUUAUUCUACUUUAAAGCUAAAAUUUUUUGAAAAAUCACGAUAAGUGGCGCUAAAAUAGGCUAAAAACAGCUAAAGUAUGAACGAUUUUCCCCGGAAUUCGAGUUAGCACCCUUCAAAGUACGUGGUAGCGAGGCUGAAGAGUAUGACUUUGACGACUUCAAUUCAAUUGCCAGCACAACCUCAAUUCUGAACUUGAACUCAGAUUUCAGUGACUUAGACCGACUGCGCAUGGGCAGUUCGCCUSCGGUAUCACGAACGUCUAAAACAGGUCCCACAUGGAAAGGCGUACAAGAUCAAAAUAAAAAUGGUCUCAGCGUGUUAAACUCGAAUGAUAGCCUCACGAAUUUCCAGAAGUCCAUCUCGAGAGUACAAAACUGGGACCGUCUAGGGAGGAGUGGGGAGACGCAGGAUUGGAAACAAGUUUUGCUACAAGCUGCCGAGGCUGGAGAUCUGAUCACUGUUCAAGAUGCAGUUUCCCACCUUGGCGCCACCAAAGAUUCCCUGAUCACAGCACGAGACUCAGCAGGGAACACACCACUUCACAAAGCCGCAGAGAACGGUAAACUACAAUGUCUAAAWUGGUUGGUAAAGAGAGCUCCUCAAGAAGCUGUUACCAUUGGUAACCAUGACGASGUGACCCCUGCUGCCAUAGCAACACAGCUUGGUCAGUGCGAAUGUCUCGAGUGGCUGGUUGAACACACUGAAGCCUCGAGAGAACUUGAAAAGAAAACGUUUACAUUGGUCCAUUACGCGGCUAAAGAAGGACAAGAGGAGUGUCUGAAGUUUCUCCUGUCAUACCUCAGCAAAACACGUGAUAUUGCAGAUAUCUCGGACAGCAAUGGCAUCACGCCUGCGCACUUGGCAGCACGCGAGGGUCACAUGGAAUGCCUACAGACUCUCGUCGAUUACAGUAACGACGUCACCUUAAGAGACAAAGAGGGUCUUAGUCCUACUGACUAUGCUUUCAAAGCCGGCCAAACCGGUUGUGGCMGGUAUUUAGUUCUGGUGGAAACCUGUUUUGGGUUGUCAUCAAGAGUGAAGAGCUUAAGUCAAAGUUUGGCACACRCGAGACAUGAGAACGAGGAGUUGAGGAAUCGAAUUCAGUUUUUGGAAAGUCACUCAAAUGUUUACAUGAUGGACCGACCWGAAGCUGUAGGAGGUGACCAGUAAUUUCUAUGAGUUUCAACUCAAUGGUCACUUAUCUCCCACCUCGAAGCUUCACCGCUCAUCGAUGUAUGACAUCGAGGCACAGUCCAAGCCUGACUUGACCGCGAAGAUGACGCGUCGAAGAGGAUCGUACCCGGCCACGCACGCGGAACGAAAGAUCAGCACAGACGACACGCAAAAGGCUACCAAUCGUGAUACUUCCUCGCAACGYCACAGUUGGACGUCCAAGAAGGGAAAUAAUGGCGACCAUCAAUCACCAAGGACAACAGUCUCCAUGACAACCAAUCACAUGACACCACKUGGAAAUGAUGCUAACUCACUGACAUCUAAAGAAUAUUCCACAAACUCGACAAGAUCAUCUAGGUCCCAGUCUCCUUACAGAUCUGAUCGAUCAACGGCCAGCUCAGCCGAGACGGUCGURGUGCCUACCUCUACAGAACACCAUUCAAAAACACCUGGAAGGAAUGAAAAUAGAUAUAAAUAUACAGGAGUCGCAGGUUCGAGUGUAAUGAAGAAUUUUAUAAGAGGGAAUGGUAUUACCGCGGACGGGACGGAAAAUCAACGAAGUGUUAGCUCAGAAAGCCCGUUCAGUUCGGAUAGUGACGUCGAACACACGUACGAAARAAGAAACCCGAAUAGAAAUAUGAAUCAAAUGGCGUCAGAAAAAGAAGAACUGAAAAAACUACGAAUAGAAAGAGUUAUGGAAGCUCGGGAACUAAAUCCAAAAACCUCGACCAAUCAGCGAGCGAGGUUAUCGUGGCAUGGUGUUGAUAAGGUCGGAAARAUUCCAUCUCCUCAGAAGCCCGCGCAUGUCUCUUUAGGGGUUAACUGCAGAUCACCUGAACGGCAGGCUCAGGUUACUUGGGGAGAUCCGAGGAUCCAAAGGCGGUUUAGUAUAGGAAGCAGUAUUGUGAUGGGGAAUGAAAAGUCGAUUGAGCAGGUUCUUCCACGACAAACGAAGAGCCUUUACAAAGUAACGAGAGUAAACGAUGUUCAGCCAACC